AUGGAUGCGGGUGUGUGGUUCAUGUUAGUGGGUGUUCUGCUGGUCAUGGCUGAUCAGAGCCAGUCCAUUACUAAAGAUGAAGCGCUGGAUCAGAACAAACGGCUGCUGGAGGAGGACGAGGAGCAGGACAACAUGCUGGAGAGACCAGGAGCUGCGCAGAUGGAUGGUCUUCUGGAGGAUCGUCUGCUGGUGGAGAUGCUGCGCUCUUUACUGCACGGCUCUCAGAGAUACGAGCGCAACCCUUCAGUGCUGCACCAGCCUCAGCGGUUUGGUCGUGGAGCGCGCAGUGGUUUGUCCACAGAGGAGCGAAUACAGUCCCGGGACUGGGAGACGGUGCCCGGACAGAUCUGGAGCAUGGCUGUACCACAGAGAUUCGGCAAAAAAUAACCCAAACCCGUCCUACAAUACUCAGUGAUGUCUGUAGAGUGAUGCAUACACAGAACUAAUGCAUUCAAAAGCAUGUCUGUAAGCCUUCAGUAAAGUUCCCCCAUUUAUAUUGUUAAAGAUGCUAUUGUUUAUUUCCCUGUGAAGAUACCAUUUGCUUUAAAUGUUUCCCAGCUGAUGUUUAAUGCAGCAAGAAAAUAUUUCAUGGUAUUCUCUAUUAUCAUUAUUCUAUUGGAUAAAGUAUGUCUGUUAGUCUGGCUGGACUAAUAAACAUCAAUAAAGUCUAAUGCUAAUGAGCAAGCUAAUGAGCAAACCAAUGUUCUCCAUCGACUUGCCUCAUUACCCUAGUUAAGCCUUUAAAUGUGACUUUAAGCUGAAUACUAGUGUCUUGAAGAAUAUCUAGUCUAAUAUUAUUUACUGUCAUCAUGACAAAGAGAAAAUAAAUCAGUUAUUAGAGAUGAGUUAUUAACACUAUUAUGAUAGGAGAUAUUAAGAGUAUUUCUCCAUUCAUCAGCACUUGGGAAAUAAUGUCUUCAUCUGUACCUCAGCUAUAAUCACU